AUGAGUCUAAAGAAUCUCAGUAUAAUUUUAUAUUUUUAAAUUUUAGUUUAGAUAUCGCUUUAGAUAGAUUGUCUGAUAUAAAACUCCAUACUCAAUGUGCCUUCUACAGGUUGCAAUCUUCCCUUUGUAUAAAAUUAAAUUACUUAAGUAGAUUAGAUCAUUUUAAAUGGCUAGUUGACUAUUAGUAGAUACGCUAGUUUGCAGUAUAAGACUUUGGUAGUUAAUAAUGGAGCAGCUAUGAAUUUGAAAUCGAAUUAUGAGUAAAUUAAAAUUGAAGACAUAGGAACAGACAGUUGCAGCUUAAGCGCCCUUAAACCAGUAACUAUGAGUCUAUCAUCUUAAUCUCAGAAUCUUGUUUAUGAUAUCUACUCUAUUUCUAAUAGUAAUUAGCUAACUUUAAGAGAUUUGCCAUUGGGAUUAUUUCAUGGCGUAAAAAUAUUAAUUUCUUCUCUAUCAGGUCUUACAGAAUAUGCUAUGGUUGAUAAGAUAGUUGAUCAAGUCGUGUAUCUAUAAAAUCCUCUAUCAAAUAAUCAUUUAAGCUGGUAGGUUGCAGGAACAUCUCUACAAACAUAUUAUCCGAAAUUAAUAGUCAUUGAUGAAUAAAGGAUCAUCUUUAAAAGCGCAUGUUUAAGAAUAAUUCCCUAAAAGCCUCAAGAUAGUUUAAAAAAUUCUGGAAUUCUUUUUUAAGACAUGAAAGGUCUUUCUUAUGAGAAUUAAGAUCAAAGUAAUAUAGUAGAACUUGCUCAGUCAAUAUUUUUAAACUCAGAUAACUUUAAAAACCAAUUCUUUUCCAUUACAGGAAAAAUAAGCAAUAUACUAAUAAUUGGAGUUAAUUAACUUACUAUUAAUGAUCAAACUUAGUUUUCAGGUAUAUAAUAUAUUAGUAUGUACAGGAUGCACUAAUCUUCACUUAAUAUUAAUGCUCUACCUACAACUCCCAAACCGACUAUACUAGAUUCAUGGUAUUCAAAUGAUUGCUAAGCUACAUUGACUUUAAAUAAUAUAAACGCUUCUUACAAGUUACAAAACUCAAAUUUUUUAAAUUCUCAAUUAACAGUCUCCAACGCACAACCUUACGAUCUAUUAAUACUCAGUAAUCGCUUACUUAAUUUUAUUUUCAGCACAAGUAAUAGCUAUAUCAAUAACUUAACCAUUUAAGCUAACUAAAUAGCAGGUAAGGAACUAAACUUGCAAAAUGUUUAAUAUAAUUAAGCUAAUAUUUAAUAAAAUUAUUUUGAUGGUACAGGAUUAAAAUAUGCUAUUCUUCUAACUGAAUUAUCUGUGCUUUAAUAAUACUAAGCAUUUCUCUCAUUAGAAUUAGAUGGAAAUGUUUUCUCAAAUUUUGAAUAUCAUGGCUAUGAUUUAAUUACUACUUCACUUCAAAGUAAUGGUUAUUAAGAAACAGUUUUGAGGCCUUCUUAGUUCUACUACGAAGUCACUUUAAAAAUUAACCUAUAUAACCUUUUACCAAAUAGUUAACAAAAAGUCAUUUUUUUACCCUCUUUAAGUCUUUGGUAUUAAGACAAUUCGAGUAAUGACCCUUACUUUGUUCUCCCUCUUGAUGAUUCCUUUUAUCAUAAUACAAGGUUUAUUAGAAUAUCUCCUUUAACCAAUAUAAUUUAUCACAAACCUUUAUACUUCUUUUAGUAUUACUUAGCUAUUGUUUAAUUUGAUAUUGGAUAAGCUACUGGCUAUUACAUGGAUACAUAAACCUAAGAAUUCAAGCAAACUUGGUAAAUAGGUACUUCUUAUUACUUGCUUGAAAAUACAAUAUAUAAGGCUUACUUUAAAUCAACCCUUAAUAAUUAGCUUUAAGCUGCUCCUUAGCAACUCAAUUUUGUUAUAUAUUAAGGAAAUACAAAUACUUUUAAUUCUAUCCCACAAAUUAAGAUUUAUUUUAAGGCAUCAACCCCAAUUUAAGUAAUAAGUGUUAAGAUAAACGGAAUAUCUGUAGCAUCUCCUAAAUAUGUUUAAAUAGAUCCUAUAGAUGGAUGCUUAAAUAUUUACCCAUAAUCAAAUAUGAACUAAGCAGAUAUAUCUAUUAAUAUUUCAAUAACUAAUUGCCAAGAUGGAUAUGUUUUAUCAAACUAACAAUGUGUUUCUAACUGUCCAAAUGGAUAGUAUCCACUAAAUUCUAUCUGUUUAGAUGGACAAUAAAAAAAUGGAUAUUAUUUUUAAAACAAUUAAUACUUGCCAUGUUUAGGAGGAGCAAAUAAUUAAUGUAAAACUUGUACAACUUCAAAUGACUGCUAAAGCUGCUUCCUUUCCCAAUUUUCAUAGGCUAAUUUAUGCUAUGCUAACCAGUACUAAUAGUUUAAUACCGGAGGGAAUUUUCAAAAUUGUAUUCAAAAUUGCUAAUCUUGCUAAAAUCAAUAAACUUGUUCUGUAUGUGUUGAUGGAUACGUUUUAAGCUAAGAUCAAAAAUCCUGUAAUCUUUGCCCAUAAGGAAAUUUUAUCAAAGACUAUUAAUGUAUUCCAUGCCCUUCUAAUUUUAAUUGUGCAGAUUGUUUCUCUUAAUAUGGAGGAUCGUGUAGAUCAUGCAAACCUGGGUUUACUUUAGUCUAAGGGUUUUGUUAAUAAACAUGCAUUCAAGGUUAGUACCUUGAUAAUAAUGGCAUAUGCUAACCUUGUGAUCCUACCUGCUUAGAAUGCUCAGGGAGUGGAAAAACUAAUUGCACUAGAUGCUCAAAAGGAAAAACUUUAAAUGUAUAGCUCUAAUCUCAAACAUGUGAACAAAUUACAUGCACAAACCUUUAAUUUUAAAAUAACAAUAAUGUAUGUCAAAACUGUUUUGAUUAAGCAAAUCAAAAUGGGUGCUUUGAUGCUUAUCCUAAUUCUAUUAUUUGUGGUCCUGGUUAGUAUGCUCAAUAAAAUGUAUCUGGGUGCUAGACUUGUGAUGCAAGCUGUAAAACAUGCUUGUAUUAAUCUACGAACUGUAUUUAAUGUAAUUAAGACUAUAUUUUUGUUUCUGGAAACAAUGGUUAGUGUUAAAAGUGUUAGGAUGGUUUUUAUGCCCCUCUAAAUGAGAAAACUUGCAUUAGUUGUAAUAGUCCAUGUAAAACUUGCUCUGGGUCGAGUGGCAACUGUUUAACAUGUUUAGAUGGUUUUUAUUUUGAUAACAACAGCUAAUAAUGUGGUAAGUGUGAUUUGUCUUGCUCAAAGUGCUAAGGAUCUUCAACAAAUUGCACUGAAUGUUAAAGUGGUUAAUUUUUGAGCAAUGGGAAAUGCAUAAAAUGUGAUGUAAGUUGUAAGGAAUGUAUGAAUACUUCAACUUAUUGUACUAAAUGCCCUUAAAAUAAAUAUGUAUCAUCAAACCAAUGCUUGAGCGAAUGUCCAGCAGGCUAAUAUGCUGAUUCUUAGCUAGGAAUAUGUUAAGAUUGUGAAAAAUCUAAAUGCAAAGAGUGCUAAGGAUCAAAAUACUUUUGCACCUAAUGUAAUUAAAACUUAUUCAUUUAAGAAGGAACAUGUGUCGCAACUUGCUCUGAAGGAUAUAUUUUAUUAAAUAUGUAAUGUAUAAAAUAAAGUGAUACAAGAAACGAAUUGGAACCCGGUGCUUUAGUUGGUAUAGUGUUUAGUUGCUUUGUAUUUUUGAUAUUAGUUAUAAUGGCUCUAAGUUACUUUUAUAAAAAGAGAUAAUACAAAUCAGUUAUUUAAAUAGACCCAAAUUAAGACAAUUUUAAGAAUAAUGGUGUUUUUACCAAUAACUAAUUAUAUACAUAGUAAGAUAUUGAAACAAAAAAUUAGUUAGAUGAAAAAAAAAAUUAGAAGGAAGCAAUAGAAUAAACAGAAGUUAAAGUAAUAAAUUGA